AUGGAGGAGCUGCCAGACUCUCUGGAGCAUGGCUUUGAGCUGAUCCUUGGGAAGUUGUUUGAGAUGAUGGCGAAGCUGCUGCCAAGUGACUGGAGUCCUGGACUGAUGUUCCACAACCUCCAGUGGGAAACACUGCUGUGUCCCCCUGUCAUUGGCUUCUUGGUGGGCCUCCUCUUUCUAUUCCGACUGGUUCAGUCCGUUAGAAGUCACUCCUAUGAAAAACGCGAGAAGCAGCUGGCAGAAGCACUGGCUGCAGGGAUCGAGGAGAAAUGCCACCUCAUUGACAAGGUUUUUGUAGCUGAGAAGGAGCAUGCAGCAAUCGAGUCAUCUGCAGAAGAGGCCAAACUAGAGAAAGAGUCACUCGAUAUACCCAGCCUUGCAGAGUCUUACAGAAAGGGGAAGAUGACCAACGUGAUGCUGACGAAGGAACUCCAUUCUCUGUGUCGAGACCUGGAGGAAGAGAGUGCCAAAAGAUCCCAGCAAGAAGAGCAGAUGAUGGAGGUGCUAAAAGACCUGCAGGCCCUGGAAGACAUGAUGACUUUCGCUAAAUCACUAGGAGCUUUUCCGAACCUGCUUGGAGACCAAGAGCCAAGCCCUGCUGCUCCUUUGCCUGGAGUGGGCCUGGGGCUUAAAGCGGUGCUGUUGCCUCCCCUCCACUCCGGCCUCCCCCCCGCCAGGCUUUGUUCCUCACCUUCAACGUCUAUCUGCGGGUCACGGUGCCCAGUGGAUGCAAG